ACAAGUCAUUUGUAUUCUCUCCACCGACAUGAGGGGAAUGUUCCUAUUGCCCCACUGGCUUUGUUUUUUGGGUUUUAUUCGGAUUUUGAUAUUUAAAAUCCUGAUUUUAACUAUCUGCUUCCCAAAUUAUUUUGGUUCCAUUCCAAGGAUACCCAUUUUUGUUUCAAGACAAUAGAGUAAUUUUGUAAAUCUUAAUGUAUAAGAACAAUCAUGGUGAUUACAGUUAAGUAAAGAUUUAUCCUUCAUGUGGAUUAUAGUUAAGUAAAGAUUUUUCCUUUCAAAUUAUUGUGGAAAAUAAUUAAAGUAAGGAAGGGCAUCAUGGUGAUUUCAGUUCAGUCUGCAUGUAACUAACGACAGCUGCGGCCACGUUGCAGUGAUGGGUAGAUAUUUCUCAGACACACAACUAAAAGUUUUUACAAGUUCACCGUAACUCAACAAAGAGCCCUCUGUUCAUGUGAGAAGGAUCUUCCUUUCUUUCUUGUGCAGAUCUUAAGCGUGAUAACAGCAUAAAACAUCAGAUAAAAUAUCAAGGUCUGCAUCAAGACAUGGAGAAUACUGUCUUGUCAUUAGCAACUGGAUCCAUUUCCAAGCUCAGUAGCUUCACCCUUUUGCUUCUCUUCUUGUUCUCCUCCUCCACUUUCACUUCUACAGAAGCUUACGAUGCGCUUGAUCCAACUGGCAAUAUCACUAUCAAAUGGGACGUAAUAAGCUGGACCCCAGAUGGCUAUGUUGCUGUUGUUACAAUGUAUAAUUUCCAACAGUAUCGCCAUAUUCAAGCACCUGGUUGGACAUUAGGCUGGACAUGGGCAAAAAAGGAAGUAAUCUGGAGCAUGAUGGGAGGCCAAACUACAGAACAAGGGGAUUGUUCAAAGUAUAAGGGAAACAUCCCACAUUGCUGUAAAAAGGAUCCAACAGUUGUGGAUUUAUUGCCUGGAACUCCUUAUAACCAGCAGAUAGCAAAUUGCUGCAAAGGCGGGGUGCUGAAUUCAUGGGUUCAAGACCCUGCCAAUUCAGCAAGCUCAUUUCAGGUUAGUGUAGGUGCUGCAGGAACAACUAACAAAACUGUGAGAGUGCCUAGAAACUUUACCCUAAAAGCACCAGGUCCUGGAUAUACAUGUGGGCCUGCUAAGAUUGUGAAACCAACUAAAUAUGUGUCGCCAGAUAAAAGGAGAAUAACUCAAGCUAUGAUGACAUGGAAUGUUACAUGCACAUAUUCACAAUUCCUGGCUCAGAAGACACCUACUUGUUGUGUCUCCCUCUCUUCCUUCUAUAAUGACACCAUUGUAAACUGCCCAACGUGUGCUUGCGGCUGUCAAAAUAACAUAACAGAUCCUGGGAGUUGUGUGCGUGAAACAUCUCCAUAUUUAGCUUCAGCUGUUUCUGGUCCAAGCAAAUCUAGCAAUACACCUCUGCUUCAGUGUACGAGCCAUAUGUGUCCAGUUCGAGUUCACUGGCAUGUUAAGCUCAACUACAAGGAGUACUGGCGUGUGAAGAUCACAAUCACCAAUUUCAAUUACAGAAUGAAUUACACUCAGUGGAAUCUAGUUGUGCAACACCCCAACUUUGACAAUCUUACCCAGCUUUUCAGCUUUAAUUACAAAUCAUUAACUCCUUAUGCUGGCUUAAAUGAUACUGCCAUGUUAUGGGGAGUUAAGUUUUACAAUGAUUUGCUCUCAGAAGCCGGUCCUCUUGGGAAUGUGCAAUCAGAACUAUUGUUCCGAAAAGAUGCAUCAACUUUUACUUUUGAAAAGGGAUGGGCUUUCCCACGGAGGAUAUAUUUUAAUGGUGAUAACUGUGUCAUGCCAUCUCCAGGUGCCUACCCAUGGCUGCCAAAUACUGGUGUUAGGCCAGUUAUAUCUCUACUUCAGCCAGUCAUGACAGUCUUGGCCUCAAUUAUUUUCUCAUGGGCUUAUAUGUGAUGAACAAUGUCUGCUGAAACAGCUAAAGCUAUUCAUUUGACAUCCUGCAAAUCCCAUCUGAUUUAUUUUAUUACUCUGAAGCUUAUAAUGAUCGACCUGAUGGUGUUGGAAAACUGUUGUGCAGUAACAGAACAUGCUACAAGUGGAUUCAGUUGCACAAUCUCCUGUUCCUAUACCAUUUUGGCGUAUUAUUUAUAUAUUCAGGUUUGUAAUUUACACCAUUUCUUUUUGGAGUCAGCUGCUUUGUUGUAUGUUUAUUCACAUUAUACACAUGAUCUGAUUGUUUGUAGAAUAUCCACAAACAAUUUUAUAGCAUUGUAUUCAGGAACAUCACCAAGAAAUUUUAGUUGAUAU